CAUGGAGCCGCUAGUGCAACAGAUGGAGUGCUUCUCCGAGGUGCUGGCCGUGUCGUGUGGGGCGGUGGUGCGCUCCUGGGAUGCGACGACCGUGCGUAGGGCGCUGCAGUGGGCGCGCUACCUGCUCCACGUGUACCGACGCUUCGCGGACCGCGGACGCGCGCGGGAGGCGCUAGAGAGGCGGCUCCGGUCGCGGGGCGGGCCGCCCGGGCUGCGCAGCUUCGCGGCGCUGGAGUUUGGGGACGCGCGCCUUGCCCUACGCCUGCUGAGGAACCGCGCGCUCGCGCCCGCCGCCGCCCACGCGCUGCCGAGCCUGCUGUUCCCCGGCCCCGCCGCCGACAGAGAGGACGACGCGCCCCAGUCGCGCUUGGCGCUCCUGGCGCGCCGCGGAAGCGCGCUGCACCUGCUGCUCCGCCUCGGCGGGGACGCGCCCAGGGCCGCGCUGCUGCGCACGCACGCGGAGCUGCUGUGCACGCUCCUGCACGAACUGGGCGGUGCUGACCCCACGGCCCGGCGGAAGCUCCUCGAUGCGCUGUGGGCGCGUGGGCCUCGGGAGCACGUGCUAAGCGUGGCGGGCGAAGCGCUGCUGCGCGACGCAGACCUGCAGCCUGCGCACGCCGCAGACUCUGCGGGUGCGGAUGAGACACAGGAACUGCUGCAGUGGCUUCUAGAAAGCCCCGAGGUCUUGAUCGCUUUCUGCCGCCAGCUGCCCGCCAUGCGCCUGGCCUCCUUGGCGGGCCGCCACCCAGCGCUGUCUCGCGCCUACCUGGGCCUGCUCACAACCUGGGCCACGCAGCUGCACUAUGACCUGCCCAAGGGCUCCUGGGUCCCCACGCAGCCUGAGGACAUGCCCUGGGACGAGUUGUGCCUCCGGCUGCAGAGCCUGUGCCAGGCCCCACCACCCCUGCAGGAAGACGUACUGGAGACUCUGCGCUCCAGCAAGGCGCUGGAUGGAGAUUUCGAGGUUCCCGGGAUGAGCAUCUGGACGGACCUACUGCGGGCCCUGCCUGGUGGUGCUUGAUACUGAGUGUGGGAACAUGUGGGAAGAGGUUCUUAAGUCCCAGGCCGAGCAUCUGGACACACCUACCUCAGGGAGGCAUAGAGGGCACAACAUACUUCUUACCCUAGCCUCUACUCUAUGCCCAGUGUCCUGCUGCUGCUUAACGAUACACUUUACAAAAUGUCAGCAUUCUCACCAAUGCCCUGUACUACAUGGUCCCAAAACCUAAUUAUUUAGAUGCCAACUUUAAGUGGUUCGUAAUACAAAUACAAAUAUUUUUUUAAAGUGAUGUAUGAUGCCUUGAGUUUUCUAGAUACUGGAAAUAGUGUUAUUUCCAUUCUGGUGGUGGAUCCAAGAUCUUGCCCUUGUUAGGCAAGUGCUCUACCACUGAGCUACCCUUGGAAGAAUUCUUCAAGCCAUGGAAUUUUCAGCUUGUUUUGUAUAAGGCUAAUUUGUAAGAAUAGUAAAAAUAGAUACACUUUUUAAAAGAAAAGGCAGCUUUAAAUUUUCCACGGCCACGUUUUUGUCUGAUUGAUUUACUUGUUUCCUGACAUUCUCUUCACUUUACUAGUGAAAAGUUUUGUUUAACCAGAAACACGUGGUAGCAUCAAAUGUUAGUUUCAAGGCUGACUGGGCUAUAGUUAGAUGUGCCUUCCUUAACCUGUUUACCGACCUUCACGUGCAUUAAAGCUGUGUUGUUCAGAAAGUUUUGUCCCUCUUGUACAAGUCACUGCUCUCAAGGUCAGAAUGACAGGAUAUUGGCUUAAAGCAUUUCUUGAGUACACACCGAAGUGUUUAGAGCACAGUAAAUGUAAAUAUAUCCUUUUGGGUAUUUGGAUUGGUUAAUAAAGGAAUCAGACUAGUGAGUUUGGGAA